AUGGAGACCCCAACACCAGUGCUGUCACCAUUUUCAGCAAAGGUUCACGUGAAAACAGCAACAUCUGGGAAGCUGCUGGCUGCAGUUACCCGUCCGAGAAUGUACACUGGGUCCCGUGCAGGCCCGCCUUCCUCUGUGGCCAUGCACGUUCUCCUGCCAUCAGCCACAAAACACGACCGGAGCACCCGAGCACAGGGAAACGUGGGAGAAGAUGCAAAGCCAGCUGAAGUCAGCACGAGUGCAAGGAAAACAGGACUCGCAGGAAGCAGCACUCCUCUGCCAGCUGUGUUUAACUCGAGGCCGGAGCAGCGCCCCGCAGCAGUGCAGGACAGCGAGGCUGCUUUAUCCCCAGCGCAACCUGCGUCUGCAGAAGCUGCAACUGAGACACACGGCUCCGCUGGGCAGCACCCUGGAACGCCUACAACAGGAUCGGCUGUGGGGCUGCUCCUGAGCACUGAGGAAGAAGAGGAGGUCGGACCCCGCGAGGUGACAGAAGAAGCAGCCGAAGGCUCUGUGACCGAGCUCACACCGCUGGGCUCACAGCCGGGAGAGCCCCGCCGCCGCAGCGCCGUGCAGCCGGAGGGCACCGUGCUGAGCGGCAUUGCAGUUGUCAGCGAUGAGCUCUGUGGCUCCGGGAACUACACGGUGCGGAUGACCCUGCGCCCUGUGGCAGACACCAGCAUGGGGCUGCAGGGCUCACCCCCCACCCAGGACACCUUCCUGGCUCUUGUAGCUGUGCAGAGCAGCCUCCACCCCGUGUUGCGGCUCCGUUCCUGCUGUGUGACACCAUCCAGCAGCCUGCAGGGCCCCAGCGCCGUGUGCUGCUCGCUGCCCAGGUCUGGAGACCCACCCCUUGGCUCACCACGCACCUCCCCAUCCCCACUGGGUGUGGAGGAGCUCCACAGUUAUUCCUACACACACUGAAGCAACUGGCAGUGCCGGGCUGCCUCUGAUGCCAUGGCUUCGGGGACAGAGCAGCAAUGUGGCAGCCUCACUGUCUUCAGCAAGGAGGACUUCGAGGAGGACUGGGUGAAAGUGGCCAGCGGGGGCUUUGGGUGCGUGUACCAGGUCAAGCACAAGAAGUGGAGGACGGUCUAUGCGGUGAAAUGCUCCCCGUACCUGCUGCACGACCCCGGCGCAGAGAGAACUAGUGUGAACUGUCUAAUGGAAGAAGCAACCAAGAUGGAGAAAAUAAAAUUCCAGCACAUUGUAACUAUCUACGGGGUCUGCAACAGCCCUCUGGGCAUAGUGAUGGAAUACAUGGCCAGAGGGUCCUUGGAGAAAAUCCUGCCCACUCACAAAAUGUCAUGGCAGCUCAAAUUCCGGGUUAUCCAUGAGAUGGGCUUGGCUAUGAAUUUCCUGCACAGCAUGACACCUCCUUUGCUUCACUUAGACCUAAAGCCAGGGAACAUCCUCCUUGAUGGGAAUAUGCAUGUCAAGAUCUCAGACUUUGGGCUCUCCAAAUGGAUGGAGCAGUCAAGCCGAAUGCAAUAUAUUGAAAGCUCUGCUUUGAGGGGCACUUUGAGCUACAUCCCCCCAGAAAUGUUUCUGCAGAACACCAAACCUCCAGGAAUCAAAUACGACGUGUACAGCUUUGGAAUUGUCAUUUGGGAGGUGCUUAUGCAGAAGAAGCCUUAUGCAGGAGCCAACAUGAUGGCCAUCAUCGUCAAGGUAGCAGCAGGCAAGAGGCCCUGCCUGGAACCCAUCAGUGACGACUGGCCAGGGGAAUGCCAGCAGAUGGUGGACUUGAUGAAGAGGUGCUGGGAUCAAGACCCUAAGCAAAGACCGAGCUUUACAGAUAUCCCUGUAGAAACAGACAUGCUGCUGUCACUGAUACAAAGCCUUGUUGUGGAUCCGGAGAACGAGCGCCUUGUCAGAAAGAUGUCCCACAAACCUGCCAUUGCUGGGAACCAGCAGAGUGACAAAGAAGAGCUUAUCUUCUCUCAAGACGCCAGAGCCAGUGGAACCGGCCACCAGGAGGUUCACGGCCCACCUUCUCACAGUGAGAUGGAAAGCCCAGAGGACAUCCUGUAUCAGGAGAUCUGGAGAGUUCAUGAGAACGGCCUCACACUGCUUCACUUCGUGGUGAUCCAAGGAAACGUGGAAAAGGUGAAGUUUCUCCUGAGCUGCAAAGCCAAUGUGAACAGCCAGGCGGUCUGUGGCUACACCCCGCUCAUCGUGGCUGUUCAGAAGAGAUCACCAGAGAUCUGCUCGGUGCUGAUAGAGCACGGUGCGGACACCAACAUGCCCGAUGAGGAUGGCUGGACACCUCUUCACUUUGCUGCUCAGAAUGGGGAUGACCGAAUUGUUCGCCUCUUGCUGGACCACCAGGCUCAUGUCAACGCUCAGGAGCACGACGGGUGGACCCCUCUGCACUUGGCAUCCCAGAACAACUUUGAGAAUGUGGCCCGAGUGCUGCUCUCUCGCCAAGCUGACUCCAACACCCAAGAGGUGGAUGGGAAAACCGCCCUCCAUGUGGCAGCCUGCUUUGGGCACGUCGGCCUGGUGAAGCUCCUCGCCAGUCAGGGAGCAGACCUGGAGAAGAAGCAGAAGAACCACAGGACUCCACUCCACGUGGCUGUGGAGAGAGGGAAGUUCAGGGUAGUCCACUAUUUGCUGAAGAACGGGGCCUGUGUCAACAGCCUGGACCAAAACCAUUACAGCGCCCUGCACCUGGCCGUGGUGAGGGGGAAAUAUCUCAUCUGCGAGAAACUCAUCAAGUACGGAGCCAACGUCGAGCUGCGGACGGACAAAGGCUGGACCCCCCUGCACCUGGCUUCAUUCAAAGGACACAUCGAGAUCAUCCACCUGCUGAAAGACAGCUGUGCCAAGCUGAACGUCAGGGGAAGCAUGGGCUGGACACCGCUGCAUUUGGCCACGCGCUACAGUGAAGAGCCAGUGGUCAGCGAGCUGCUGAGGUGUGGGGCAGACCCCAACAUCGCUGAGAAGUCUGAGUGGGCCCCCCUGCAUUUUGCAGUGCAGAGGGGCUCUUUUCUGACUGUCAUCAAUCUCCUGGAGUGCAGGGCAGACGUCAACGUGAAGAACAAAGUGGGCUGGACGCCGCUGCACCUCGCCGUCCUCAAGGGCAACAUGGCCAUUAUAAAGACCUUGAUUAAGGCUGGUGCUCUGCUCGAUGUGGAAGAUAUUACUGGCUGCACGGCCCUCCAGUUGGCAAUUAGGCACCAGAAAGAAAACAUCAUUACGUUGCUCCAAGGCAAGGACUCGCAGAUGAAUACAUUGCAGAAUAGGACCCUGGUGAAUGAUGUUCAGAUUUCAAGACCCAGAACUGUUCCAAGAAGGACAGAUUUGUAG